UUUCUCUUUUUUAUAUGUCACAUUUCCUCCUCUGUGCCUAAUGUACAUGUUUUAUUUAUUGACAGUGAUAUUGACUUUUUAAGCAUACAGUGUAAAAACAAAAAGCCGCUCUAAAUACCAGCUGUAGAGUACAGUUUUUCAUUGUGCUCGGGCUCUGUGGCGGCUGCUUUUGCAAAAGUGAAACCAUCCUCCGGAGAGCCAAGUCAGUUGCCCGGAGACAGCGGACUAACCACCAGUCUGAGAGGCAGACAGAAAGUCGGCACAGCUGGUGCUCAAAAGGCUGCUCAAGGACUUGGAAGACAGUCUGGAUCAUCAGUCUGACAUUUAUAUCCCGGUCUCUUGGGACAGUACCGUGGAAGGAGGUGAAAUUUUUGGCACGAGAAGAAGCAGUGUUAGAUCUAGUAAAAAGAAAAAUAAACAGAGCACGAGUCUGGACGCAGUACAACUGGAGGGCCAACUAAAUCAGAGCCUUGACUCCAACAUGGCCCUGAGAGAGCAGACCAUAGCAGAGGAGAAUCUUCAGCGAUCAGAUGAUCAGUACUUCAAGCACAAUAAAAGCUUCCACAAGCUGUUUCCAGAGAUUCCUGUGUGGGACAGCCUGGCACACGCUUUCACGUGUUCCCUGCAGAAGGAAGUGCUGUAUCACGGAAAACUCUUUGUUUCUCAGAACCAUGUGUGUUUCUACUCAUCUGUGCUGCUCAAAGACACCAAGGUGGUGAUUCCUGUUUCCAGCAUAAAGGAUGUGAAGAAACAUGGCUCAGCCCUGUCUAUCCUUUCUAUACAAACUGCUGAAGAGAAGUACUCGUUUGUGUCUUUGAGGAACCGUGAGAAGUGUUACAAACUCCUCCAAAGUGUGUGCUCACAUGUGCAGGCGGAGGCUGUAAACAGCAGCCCUCAUCUGUCCGUUGCAGAGAACGAAGCUGAUCACAAUCCUCAAUUCUCCAGUUUUUCCAGUUUGGACGACCGUGUAGAUUUUCUGAGCAGUGACUCUCUUGAUACCAACUUUCUUCAGACGUCCAGUGAAGGCCCCAGCACAACCAACUCCACUCGUCAAAACAGCAUAAUAGAUGAAGAAGACAGCGCUGGACUGUGGAUUUGGAGGUUCAUUACACGACUGCCAGAAAUUAAGACUCUCGGUGUUGUCUUCCACAUCUACAUGGUGCUGCUGGUGUUGCUCCUGUUGGUGUCCGGAUACAUCGGGCUAAGGAUUUUAGCGCUGCAGGAGCAGCUGAACUCUUUGGGAGCUUUGACUGACUGGUCUUCACAUCACAGAGAGUACCAGGAAACAUAGCUGUUGGCUGAGAUCUUUGACUGCUAUGAUCCUUUUUGUACAUACUGUGCCACCGUUCUGCUGUUGUUUGUCCAAAGAAAUGUUCAGUAUUGCACACAAACUAAACUCCCCUCAGUAGACAUGGAGCUCCUGUGGUAGCACGAUGUUCUACAGAGGGCGGAGGUCAGCGCGAAGAUGCUGUUGGUGUGUCUGAAUCGAGGCCACAUGUGGUGAACUACGUGGAUGACUGAUGGAGGACAAUAUUUUCUGUUAGGACCACAUUGAUUCUCUGCUGACUGAUCAGAAAGUGAGGGGAGGCUCUCCUGCAUGGAGCCAUAUGGAGGCAGUCUGCUGAAGCCAUGUUUAUUUGCUGGCUGAUAAAGGGCUGAGCUCAGCUAGCUGUAGUUGGCUGUCCUUUUUCGUUUUUUUUUUUUUUUUUUCUGGAAUCAACACAAUCUGCAACAUUGACAACAAACUGAAGAUGAAGAAGAGUAUAAAUGAAGCAAUUUGUUACGUGAUUUAAAUUGAUGUUAAAGAAUUAAUUUAGGGCCUCAUACUGCGCUCAUGAACUGCUGGAAUCCGUAGGCAUGCUUUAGAAGAAGGCUGGUAAUGACAACAAUUAGCCAGCAGAGGGCAGUCGCUUCCAUUAAACGCAGACGUAAGAUGGCGAGAUUUGUUUCAGUUGCACUCACUGCACUUUCACACCGACUUGAGGCUCUGAUAUUUAAACACAGUCAGUGAGUGGUUCAUUAGUCCCAUCAUUAAAUUUUGCUGAACUUAUUUCAUGCAGGACUUGUGCACAUUUUAGCCAGUGUUUUCCUUGACUGCUCCAUGACUCAUGCCCAACCCUUCAUAAAUUGUAUGUAGUAGACAGUACUGUGCAAAAGUCUCCAACCACCUUUUGUUUCUUUCUAUUUUGGUAGGAAAAUGAAAAGUUUAUGCAAUUUAUUUAAAUUUGCAAAUAUAAAUGGAAAGGCAACAACAGAAUUCUAACAAGGGUUAGAAUUCAAUAAAAUCGAUAUUUGUUAUGAUCAGCUUUAUUCUUCAACACAGCCUGAACUCUCUUAGGCAGCUUUCUUGUAAUUAAUUUAAGUAGUCUUCAGGAAUAGUUCUCCAGGCUUCUUGAAGGACAUUCAAAGCUCUUCUCUGGAUAUUGGCUGCCUUUUGUUUUGUUCUCUGUCAAGAUGUUCCUGCAGUGCUUUAAUAAUGUUGAGGCCAAUCAAUGACUGAUAGUGUUUCAUUGUUUGUUUUUCUGUACAGGUUUGCUUUUCCUGCAAUGGUAGUGUGUUUGGGAUCAUUGUCAGGCUGAAAAAUGAUGCUGUAGCAAUCAGAAACUUUCUAAAAUGCAUUUUUCUACAUGUGUAAUUUGCCAUAACUCAACCUUUUCUCCAUUUCCCUUCAUUAAGAACAGCUUGACAGCCAUCCUUCCACUGAGACCAUUUCUGAUCAGGUCCUGUGUCAGUUUUUUUUUAGGCCUGACACUUGUCAGUUUCCUACAAAUCUUUAAAAGCACACUGCACACCAUCCAGAGAUAUGCUGAGAUUUUUGGCUAAUAGUUCUUUGAGAAUCACCUUGUUGGUGCAAAAAAAAAAAAAAACCCAAAACAAUUUUAUGCUUUUUACUGUGUUAUUGUUGGCAUUUUCUUAGAGAUAAGGAAAUGGUAACAAAUUGAAAAUGGUCAGGGACAAGGGCCGGACUGAAAGCGUCCAAAGACUUUGAGAAAGCCUGGAGAAUUAUUUCUCAAGAAAAGGUUAAAAGAGAGUCUGGCUGCUUGGAAGCAAAAUAUAAAGAACUGAGGGACGGCUCGAGACUCUUGCACAGUGCCUUAUAUGUGUCAAACUAUAUUUAGCUACAUAAGUUUUAGAUAAAUUGUAAAUGCAAUUUACAAUUACAUGCUAUUUUAAUUUAAAGCUCUACAUGUCUUUCAAAUCUUUAUGUCAAAACUGUAAUUUUUCAAACGCUGCCUCUCAGGUCUUGUACUCCAACCUAUUAAUUUAUUGACUUUGGAAAAAAGCAGUGACUGUCUAAAAUCAAUCCUACCAAUUGUAUCUUUUUGUAAAUAAGUGAUUUUAUUUUGUUGUCCAUAAAAAGGUCAAGAUUCA